UUUUAAAAAAUUUUGUACCGCUUUGAAAUAUUUGAAAAAGUGUUAGUUUGAGCGCAGGUGAUUCAACCCUUUCAGUACUGAAUUUUCUUGCAACAGUGAAUUCGCAUUAUAAACCGAAUUAUUAAUUUCAUGAAAGAAAUGCUUUUCUUUAAGACUGCAUUGCACGUGAGUUCACACGAGACGCAGCCUCGUAUUUGCAUAAUUCUUGUAAUAUAUUCACCGCCAAGGCGGAAACAUCCGAUUCGUUCAAGAUCAAGUCCGAGGGAAAGCUUUUCCAAUAAUAACAUAAUCCUUGUUUGAAUUGUAAAAUGAAAGAUUAUCAUUCUUCCGUGGAAUAUAACUCGAGAAAUGCCUUGUUAAUGAAUUCAAAAUCAACAUCAUUGUUUCGCGCGCAUUGCGAUCAUCGAUCGUGUAAGAAAACCUCGCCAGAAAUUUACACUUUAAGAUCUAUCGUUUUCGAGCAUAGUCGUAAAUAUCACUGUGAAAAAAUUCUUGAAAUAUCUCUUGCGUCAUAAAUAAUAAUUAGGUGCAUGUAGGUGGUAACACGAAAGUAUGCAACUUAUGUCGGUAAUUUCUGUGCAUAUCCGAGGCCAUAAGUGGAGUUACAAGAACUCCUAUGAUCAUAAUUCAUGAAAUUAAUUAAAAUAAUAAUUAUUCUUCACAGGAUCUUAGUUUUCGUCCUCCUGGCAGGGUUGUCCUCCGCAGAGGUUCUCCAAACCAUAGCUCAAUGGCCUCUGAUGGACUUCGCCCUACCCUACGAUCGAGGAUUUCUAAAUCAAUAUCGUCCCGAAAACGUAGUACCUACUGGGAUUGAAGUCGGCUGGGAUAAGAUCUUCAUCUGCGUUCCAAGGUUAAGAGCUGGGGUACCAUCGACCUUGAACUAUAUCCCGAGGAAUCUUCCGCUAGAAAGUAGCCCGCAACUUCAAGCGUAUCCAUCAUGGGACUGGCACAGCGCUGGAAAGGGAGACUUGAAUUGUUCGAAGCUGAUCUCUGUCUACAGAUCGAGGCUAGACAGGUGUAAUAGAUUGUGGGUGCUGGAUAGUGGGAUAAUGACGUCGAUCGAUGACUUUAUGCCGGUUUGUAUGCCGAAAAUUAUGGUGUUCGACUUGCAAACUGACCAAUUAGUGCGACAGUACACCUUUCCACGAGAGGUACUAAGGCCAAACACGUUACUGACGAAUCUGAUCAUCGACGAUGUUUCAGCAACCACCUGUGACGAUGUGUUUAUUUAUAUGAGCGACACCGCAGGACCUGGUAUAUUGGUGUUUGAUGGAGCUACAGAUAGGAGUUGGCGAGUUACGCACGCCUCCAUGUAUCCACAUCCAGAUUACUCCACGUACAGAAUUGGCAGUGACACGUUUGAACUGAUGGAUGGCGUGGUCGGCUUAGCUUUCUCCGCAAAACAGGGGAUGGUUUAUUACCAACCCCUGGCGACGGAUCGUCUGUUCAGCGUACCGAGCACUGCCCUUCAAGCUGGUCCUCCAGCAUUUGGAGAACAAUUACCAGUGACCUUGGUAGGCAGAAAAUCGAGUCAAGGUCUCGCGUUGGCCGUCGACCCUCGAGAUGAUACAAUUCUCUUUUCGCCAUUAACCGAAGUGGCAAUUGCUGCCUGGCAACCGCAAACCAAUCGACAAAGAAUCUUGGCAUACAGUCCAGAGAAGCUGCAAUUCGUGGCGGAGAUUCGAUGGGCUCACGAUAAUGGUAAUUUUUGGGUAAUGAGCACCAGGUUCCAGAAGUUCUUCCGAAAAGAGGUCAACGUCCGCGAUAUCAACAUACGAAUCAUGAGGCUAACGGCUGAGCAACUUCCAUUGAAACACGCGAUUCUUAAUUCGUACACUCAAUCGUCGUUUCCCUUACAUUUUUAUAACAACACGUUAGGUUACAUGGAAAUAAUAACUCUAUUGCGAUUUCAUUCGAAAAUGAGGCUUUGCUGGACGAUUUUACUCUUGGUAAUCUUUGACGCAAGAGCGCAUGAAAAGCUGAAGACUAUAUACUCUUGGAAGGCGUUGGAAUUUUUAUUUCCAAACCAGUUUGCCAAAGAAGUGGCAAUUAAGAAUGGAGAUUUCAUACCCGGCGCACCAGUGCCCAUCGACGUUGACGUCUACAAUGGAGGGCACCAGUCGACGGUGUUCGUCGCAAUUCCAAGAUUUCAAAAAGGGGUACCAGUGACUUUGGGCUACGUUACUGACAAGGUGUCUACAGAUGGCAACCCUUUAAUCGCACCCUUUCCAAAUUGGGAGUACAAUGCCAUAGGAAACUGCGACAUGAUCACUAGUGUCUACAGAAUGCAGAUAGAUCAAUGCGAUCGUUUAUGGGUCCUCGACACCGGAGUAGUGGAGGAGACAAAAGUCUGCCCACCAAAAUUACACGUGUUUUCCUUACGCAAAGGCACUCUGAUCACUCGCUAUACUUUUCCUCGUGAUCAUUACAAAGAAGAUUCUUUGCACGUUACCGUGGCUGUCGACGUUCGCAAUACGGAACAAGACUGCAAAGAUACAUUUGCUUACAUCGCCGAUGUGACCGGAUUCGCAUUGAUCGUCUACGAUCAUCGUAAUUCGCGAUCUUGGAAGAUCAACAACAAUUUGUUUUAUCCAUACCCACCUCACGGUACUUUCGAUAUCAAGGAUGUGACGUUUGAUCUUAUGGAUGGGAUCCUGGGUUUGGCAAUGGGUCCCCUUCGAAACGACGACAGGAUACUUUAUUUUCAUUCUCUGGCCAGCAGGGUCGAGUCACGGGUGUCUACUUCUGUAAUUAGGAAUUAUACGCUGUUUCAUGACAAUCCCGAGGCUGCAGCGAGGUCGUUCAUCGCGUAUGAAGGAGAACGAGCUUCGCAAUCGGCAGCUCAGGCUAUGGACCGUCAUGGAGUUCUUUUCUUUGGUCUGUUAUCUGAUCUAGCGAUCGGUUGCUGGAACAGCAAGCAUUUUCCUAAUUAUGGAGGCCCUAAUAACGAGAUACUUGUUACCGAUUCGGAAACAUUGCAAUUUCCAUCAGGGAUGAAGAUCAUCAUCUCGAAGAAAGGCAAACAAGAAUUAUGGGUCCUCUCAGCGGCCUUCCAAAAAUACAUGAGUGGUUCGUUACAUAGUAAUGAAACGAACUUUAUAAUUCAAGCUGGUUUCGUGGACGAACUGGUUCGUGGUACCAAAUGUGACGUGUCUGCUUUGGAUAGUAGAGGCUUUCAAUUUCCGAAAUGAACAUCCUGGCACCACGAGCAGUUUUUUAAAAAUGAUUUCGAGGAUUUCUGGUGGAGAUACUCGAUUUUCGCUAAUAAUUAUUUCAAGUCUUUCUAUUCGCGAAACUAUUUCGAAAAUCAUUAUUAACACCUUAUCUAUUAUUUAUAGACCUUGUUAAUUUAUGAAAUUAAAAAAUUUGAAACAGGUUACUGCUCGUGGUGCUGAAUUAGUGUUAAAUUAGUAUUCUAAGAUUGUAUUAAAAAUUUGGCUGUCAUUAUUUAUUGUUGUGUGUGAAGAAUGAUUAGUUCCUAAUUAAAAUAUUAUUGAUUAUAGUUAACAGUUUAAGAUAUUCAUUAAUGUAAAUAAAACCAGCGAAUCUAACGUUAA